CCUUCUCUGCUGAAUGACUCGGAGGCGCAGCCAACGGGCUCGGCGGUUGGACGGCCGGCGGGCGGAGCCGGGCGCUGACCAAUGGAAACCGGCGCGUGGCCCGGAGCGAACGCCUCAAAUCCUCCUGGGCUCUCAGCUGAUUGUUUCUCGGGAGCAAGAGUUGGUUCGGCAAAAAGGGAGCCGGCGCUGCAGAGAGGCGGGCGGGCGAGCGAGCGGAGGACAAAGGGAGGGCGGCGGGGCUUCUUCCCGCUCUCCGGCCGACUUGCAUGGCUCUCUGAUUCGUCCUGCAAGAGCGAAGCGGGACGCCAAACCCCCCCCUCCUCCUCCUCCCCCCCGCGGCCCUGAAAUUGCACUUUAAUCUCUUUUAUUUUUCUUUUUUUUUCCACACUUGCUCCGCCCGCCCUCCCCCCCCGGGUAUGGUGGGGCCGGGAGCGAUGGGACCCGCCGGGUCCGCUCCUCUUGCUCCCCCCUUCCCCGCUCUGGAGUUGGGGCUGAGCGUCCUGUACACGCUCCUCUACGCCGGCCUCUUCCUCUUCACUUACCUGCAGCUUUGGCUGCUCUUCUACUACCGGGAGAAGCGGCUCAGCUACCGCACCGUCUGCCUCUUCCUUUGCCUGCUCUGGGCAGCGCUGCGCACCGUCCUCUUCUCUUUCUAUCUGCAGACGUCCACCCGAGCCGUGGAGCUCCGGCUCCAGCCUUUCCCACACUGGUUGCUCUUCUGCUUCCCGGUCUGCCUGCUCUUCGCCACCAAUUGCCUCCUCAACCUCUACUUCGCCGAGGUUAUUUUCAAAGUCAAGUGUGCAGCUGAGUUCAACAAAUACAAGACUUUCUUGUACAUGGGUUCUGUAUUUAUCAGCCUCCUCUUCAUCUUUGUGAACCUGACAUGUGCAUUAUUGGCACAAGAUAAUGUUCCAGAGGAUCAACUAAGGUGGACGGUUUUUGCCCGGGCCUUGAUCAAUGAUAGUCUCUUCAUUCUUUCGGCCAUCUUGUUAGCUUGCUGCAUGUGCAAACUUUCCAAAGUGUCUUCAGCCAAUGUUUACCUCGAGUCCAAGGGCACAUCUCUCUGCCAAGCUCUCCUUGUGGGUUCUGUUGUCAUCCUGUUACACACUUCAAGAGCUUUUUAUAAUUUGGUGGCUGUAAUGAUCACUCCAGACCAUGCACCUAGUCCAUUCAACUAUGGUUGGGAUAAUCUUUCAGCUAAGCUUCAAGGAAAAGAAGUUGACGGUGAGGAGUACAUAGUCUUUGGUGUGGUGCUUUUUCUCUGGGAGUUCGUGCCAACCAUAUUUGUGGUACUCUUCUUCCGAGCACAGAGAUUGGCCCAAAAUUUGGCACCUGCUGGAAUGAUCAACAGUCACAGUUACAGUUCACGAGCUUAUUUCUUUGACAAUCCAAGAAGAUAUGACAGUGAUGAUGACCUCCCAAGGCUUGGUGGAGGAAGCUUGGCUACUCCUCAGAAUUCUGGGUGGUAUGGCUCUCUGACAGGGAGCGACAGCUGCAUCAUGAUUCCACCUUUGGUUGCACCACCAAUGGAUGUUGCUCCACUGCUCUUCAGCCAUGAAAGCUUGGAAUCCAGAAGUCAUCACAGUUCACAUCCAAAGCCACCAAACUAAUCAUAGAGUAGCUUUGGGGGAAGGGUUCCUGUGAGGUGUGAAGAACCUUUUAGGACCAGUCUUUUCCUUACAAUUGAUAACUGCAACCUGGUUAGAGCAAAAGAAAUCCUAAAAUCCUAGGAUUGAAAGGACAUUGCCCUGAAGGUGUUGUAUGAAACUCAGGCCUGGAGGAAUUCCCAGUGACCUCCAGGUUCCCCCCUAAUGCAUAUAGUAUUUUCCAAUGAUCUUCUAAUAUGGGAAUGGAACAAUAUUGGCUCAUACUGCACUUUGGACUGGCGGGACCAAUAGUUGCUAUGUGGUACUGGAAAUAACAGAAGCCAAAGGAGAGCAUAUUCUGAAAGCAUUCUAUUUUAUUGGCCAACAGACCACAACUGUUGUCCAGAUGGAUAUCUGCACUUUUAAUCAACCAUUUCCAAGGGAUAGUUCUCUUCCCUCCCAGUCUUUCUUCUCCAAUGGCAUGAAAUGUCUGUUCCAGACAACACUUUUAAAUUGCACAUCUCUGGUUGGGAAACUUGUUCUGUCUUCCUAUGGUGACAAACAACUCUACAUAUUUAACAGUGGGAAACUUUUGAAAGUGGGGUGGGAUGAAGAAUCUCUUUUGCUUUUAAAUUCUUGGAGAGCAUUUUGCAAGUAUGGCACAAGUGCCAAUCUCACAAGGCUAACAUAGCUUGUGGUUACAUUUUGCCAUCAAUCGUUACUGAGAUCGCUAGAGCAAGCCCCAUUGUUGCAUGUGUUGUUAUAUUCCCUGCAGUGUCCUUGUGUUGUUUUGGCCUAUUUCUAGCAUUACAGUAAUAACUUCAUUUUAAAUAACAAUAAUUUAUUUUAUACUGGAAAAGAGAUUCAGAGUGGGUUACAUAGGGUGGCCCUAUGAGAAUUGUGGGCUUGUUUGGGGUGAUGCAUAGCCAGCUGGCACAGUGUCCUUCACUGCAUUGUCUGGCAACUGCUUUGAUGUUCCACAACGGAAUGAAAGCAAGACUGAUUUCUUUGCAAUCACAGAGAUGUAAAUUGCUCCUGGAUUGCUUAACCACCAUCCAAGAGCAUCAUUCUCUGGUACUGAGAAAACAACUAUUUGGAAUGUGCAGCAAAGUCUUUUUUUCCCCCUUCCACCUACCAAGGAAACAGCAGUAGGCAAUGAGAUCACCAAGAAAUGAGGCAAGCAGGGGAAGAUAAGGGCAACUGUAGCCAUGGAUGCAUCUCCUGAAAGAUUUGCAGUUAAUCCAGUCUAGUAGAAAGUGUUAAUUAUAUCUGCCCCCACUCAGAAGUGUGCAAUUCCUAUUUAUACUCCAGGCAGCAAAGACUUCUAGAAGUAUUUUUUUAGAUUUGUCGUUCUCAAUUUGAUGACCUUUAGAUGCAUAAUAUCAACUUCUAAUGUCGUCUUGCUGCUUGGGAAUUAUGGGAGACAUAGCCCCUAAUGCAUCUGGAAGAUUUAAGGAUGGAGAAGCAUGGGAGAAUGUGGAAAACUGAAGUAUAUCCAUUUUAAACUGGAAUUAGAACUACUGUAGAUCUUCUACUAGUGUUAACGGCCAUAAUUUCACAAAUGGCUUCUGACAACUGUAUUGUCUUGAAGCUGUGGGAUUAAUGUUUUCCUUACAACCAAUAACUUCAACCUGCUUAGAGCAAAAGAAAUCCUAAAGUCUUAGAAUUGAAAGGACCUUUCCCUAAAGGUGGUGUAUGAAUCUCAGCCUGGUGGAACUUUUGGUGACUUCCAGGUUUCUUGAACACAUUUUUGGUGAAUCUGCAUAUGGUGGGACCAAAUGCAUUUUAUUCCCUUGUGAAAAGAGUACAUGUGCCUAUAUAGAAUAGAACUGUUGGAUCUCGCAUGUUCCUAGUUGAAAAGAAACUUAAAAGACUACCCUAAUGUUACAACGGGGACAAAUGAAUCUAUUGCCUUCAAGAAGUGAAUUAACAACCCCUAGCAUCUCCAGUGAUAUAGCCCACAAAGAAUAUUACAAGGACCUAUGGCUUACCCUCCUUAAAUGAAAGUGUGAGCCAGUUUGGUAUGGUGGUAAGGCAUCUGGUUAGAAACUAGGGAGACAAUUCUAGUCCCAUUUUAGGCACAAAACCGGCUGGGUGACUUUGGGCCAGUCCCUCCUUCUCAGACAUAGGUAGGAGACAGUGGCAAUCCAUUUAUGAAAAUCUUGCAAAAAACACAGGGUCUUUUACGGGCAGUGUAUGGGAGUCAAGACUGACUUGAAGAUAACAAAAAAAAAAGUCAGAAAUAAUUUCUUGGACUUUUAUGUUUAGCAUUUCACUUCACUAAGGACUUUAAAACUGAAUUGAAGCUAUCAGCUGGGGGUGAAUGAUUCCAAACGAAAUGGUUUUUAUUUCUAAUCAUUUCUCCCUCUGUUACUGCUAACAUUUUUACAACUCACUCUUUGGCCAAAGAGUAGCUAUGGGAUAGACUUUUGAAGUUCUUGAAUUUCCAUAGCUGCUUUCUAAUCAAUUAAUACUAAUUCUCUGUAAAGAUGGCUGCAUUGGCAAGCCUGUCACUUCUUCAUCUUCCUCACUGCAAGGCACAUAAACUCAAGAUGAUGUGGAGAUCCUCUCGGCAUAAUUAGAUGGAUUUCCUGAUGUGGAAUAGGAUUGUACUAUCCAUCUGGAGCAAAGACUGAUUAUCAAACCAGAAGAGUGUUUCUCAAGAGGUGUGGGCUUCCUCUCCAGAAAUCCCUCCCAUGGCUGGCUAGAACAGAGGUUUCCAAUCUUGGCAACUUUAAGCCUGGUGGACUUAAACUCCCAGAAAUCCCCAAAGCUGGCUGGGGAAUUCUGGGAGUUGAAGUCCUUCAGGCUUAAAGUUGCCAAUGUUGGAGACCACUGGGCUAGAGACUUCUGGGUGUUGAGGUACACACAUCUUAAAGUGGCCAAGACUGAGAAACUGAACUACAGCAAGAAGAGAGUUGGUGUGUGUAAAACAUCUAUCUCUACUAUGGUGUCUAUAAACUGCCUGGGGUCAUAAUCAAGGACAUCUUAAAAGAGUUGAGAGUCUCCAUAUGUUUGGAAGAAGCCAGAUUGAGGAAGACUGGCAUAAAUUGUAAGAGAUGGCUGCAAAACUGUUGGGAGGAAUUUGAAGUGCUUCGGUUUUCCAAAUCUUGAGCUGUUUCACAGCUGUUUCACCUCAGCUGCAAUGCAAGUAUAUUCUAUGUUCUGCAGUUAACAGCUGCAGAGCCCUUUUAAUUCCUCUUGAGUUAGGCUGGACCACUGAGUUGACUUCCCUGGAUGUGCUAGGUAUAGCUUCAGGUACUGAUCACAUGUGUACAGCAGUAAGCAUUUCACAUGUGCUGGGAGAACUAUUUGCUGCACAAUGUUCAAAAUUUGGGGUAGGAAGAAGAGAGGUAAUUUUUCAGUAUUGACACAUGAAACUUGAGUUAUUUCAAACAUUCCUUGAGCACAUUACUAUAAGGCUCUGCUCUUAAGACCUCUCUCCUUCCCUCCCUGCUUAACUGGUCCUUGACUUGUAGCAAAAACUUAGCCAAGACUUGAAUUGUCUGCCCUUUUUUUCAACAAGCCACCAAAGACUAGUUGAGCUACUCCUUUCUCUGCCCCAAAUACCUUGACUUUCUCCUUUUUCAGUUUUAUAAUGCACUUGGAGCACUUUAAGUUUGUUUCUUGGGAGGGAAAGCUAUUGCAUGAAAGCCAGGGACUUUUUGUCUUUGCACUGAAUUGCAUUGAAUGAAGAUGGCUGUUCCUUCCAGUCAUAAGCUGAGUUUCUUUAUUAAAGCAUUUGAGUCCGUUUUAUUCACAUGGCUGUUGAAAUUCUGACUGCAUUGAAGAGGGCCAGUCUUGUGUUUUAUUUAUAUCCGUUAACUACUUUUUAUAUAUAAUCAAGAAAUUAAGCCUUCAAGAAUGGGUAUUUUAGGUAUGUUUUGUUUGACACUAUUUGCCUGUUUUCUCUCCAAUCAUUGGGGAGGCUAAAAGAGGCAACCCUGGCUCUACCAUGUUCAUUUCCUUCUCUUGAAUUGUAAUGUUACGUUUUAAAAUAAAGAGGCUUGUUUUUAUCUUGUGAAAA